AUGCCACCAGCUCCGGCAAUGUGUGGAGGCCGGAGGGAAAUUAAUUCUAUUCAAGGGCAUAACAGUUUGGCAGUGUCGUUCAAUAGGUUGUUUUUGGUUGCAAUUGAUAAAGAUGUUCUCGUCCAAGAUAAAGGAGUUUGGAACGGUUUAAACCAAUUCGGGAUAAAGCGGAUAAGUGGAGAUGGAAGGCAGAUAACAAUGGAGCAUACUCAUCAAAAUCCGCAUACAAGUUUAUUGAAAAGCAAGCUGACCAAGGAUGCACUGUUGACGAAAUGUGUAAAUACAUUUGGUGCAAAAUCCGCCCCAAGCAAAGCAUCGGCGUUCUAUUGGAAGCUUUUCCAGAAUAAGAUCCCGACUCGACACAACCUUUUGAAAAGAGGAGUUUUCAACAACAACAAUGAUGACAGUUUCCUUGUGUGGAUAUGUUCUCUUCAGUCCGUAAAUUCAGAGCUUGUGGUGCAAGUAGAACCAAUUGUGGAUCCUUAUGGUCCUUCUAUAGUUGAUGAAAAUUUGGAGGCUAUCAUUGUCAGUAAGGAAACAUAUCCCGGAGGACUAUCUGUCAAUAAGAAGAGGGCUGAGAGAGGUCUUUCACAGCUAAAGAUUGAGGUUGUCGAUUUAGUCCCUGAAGAGUCGACCGGGGAGAAAUUGAGUUCCACUGCAUUAAGAAGAAUGGAAGCUGAGAAGGCGAGGAAGCUUCAGUUAGAAGCAAGGCUCUCUUGGUCUCCUGGGAUCCUCCCCCUGCUGUAUUUUUUGAGUUGUAUCCCUAAGAUGGUUAGGAAACGCAAAAUUUAUAGGAUGAGCACAACAGUGCCAACACGUGUGCAAGAGUUGGGACGCAAAUUCUCUUCGUAUCAAUGGAAACAUAACGAAGGUGUAGAAGAAAACCUUUGGGUCAUGUUGAAAUUGUGUGAUUAUUAUGUCUCCGAAUGAGGGGUGUCUAGUGACUUGGAAGCAAUAAACAAAGUCGUAGAAAUGAUUGAUGUUCGACUGAAAUACUUUGCCUUGGAGGCUUAUGGAGUGAGUUUUGAUA